AUGAGCCCCUUCCUUCGUAUUCCGUUGCGACUACGAACUCCAGCCUCAAUUCCUCUCGGUCGCAACUCGAGCAACGUCUUCGGCCAGCAAGCAUACGUUCACGACACUGCCCAGAAAUUUUCAAGUGCAAAUGAGCAUAACCUAGAAGAGGAAUGUGACCGCGGCAACACUCCCAACCACCCGAUUCCUUCCAACAAGGCCCACCCCACUCUUCGAGACGGCAGGCAAUCCAAUCUGGCCGAUAUAAGCGGCGUAAAACAUGAGGAUUUACCAGAAGACGUACGGAAGCACAACGAAGAAAUUGAGCACCGAUAUGAUCGGUGCUACAACCAUAUUGGAGAUGAGGGGAAAAUCGAGAAAGUUUUCGAGGAGAAAUGA